AUGGAGGAGAACAAGGACGUGGAUGAUGCAUUGGAUGACCGAUUAAACAAGAUCAACAUAUCAACACAGAGCAAUGCAGGACCACAGACACACAGACCUCCAUCUCCAGUGCCCAGCUGUGAUUCCUGUAGUGAUGAGUCCAUGCCUGAGCCUCCUGAAUUCAGCAGUGGACCAGUCCCAUCAGGACUAGAACCACAGACACACAGAUCUCCAUCUCCAGUGCCCAGCUGUGUGUCCAUGAAGAGUGAGAAGUCCAUGCCUGACCCUCCUGUAUUCAGCAGUGGACCAGUCCCAUCAGGACUAGAACCACAGACACACAGACCUCCAUCUCCAGUGCCCAGCUGUGUGUCCAUGAAGAGUGAGAAGUCCAUGCCUGACCCUCCUGUAUUCAGCAGUGGAGCAGUCCCAUCAGGACUAGAACCACUGCAAGUCAACACCAGUCCAAUUGCAGAGAUCGUUGAGAUCAGGCCAGUCCGAUCUGACCCCAAAGCCGGCGGCAUGAGUGUCAAGUUUGCCAUUCGCUUUCUUACGGAAUCCUAG